AUGGUCAUCGGGAACAUCUAUGUCAUUGCGUCCGUCGCCGUCGUUGGCGGCGGUCUCUUUGGCUUUGAUAUCUCGUCCAUGUCUGCUCAACUGGAUGAGAAUUCCUACAAAUGCUACUUCAACCAAGGUCCCAAUGGUCCUCCAUUCAAUGAUGACUCCGACUGCAGUGGUCUCAGCUCCUUGAGACAGGGUGGAGUGACUGCUUCUAUGGCAGCCGGUUCCUGGCUCGGUGCUUUGAUAUCUGGCUUUAUCUCCGAUCGACUCGGCCGUAAAUAUGCUAUUAUGAUUGGAUGCAUUAUAUGGGUCAUUGGCUCCGUUUUAAUCUGCGCUUCACAGGACAUUGCCAUGCUGUGCGUGGGCCGUGUAAUCAACGGAAUCUCUGUCGGAAUUGAAUCAGCACAGGUCCCAGUUUACAUCUCCGAGCUUGCACCUCCCUCCAGGCGUGGUCGAUUCGUCGGAUUACAACAGUGGGCUAUUACCUGGGGUAUUCUGAUCAUGUACUAUAUUUCAUACGGCUGCUCCUUCAUUGGAGGUUCAGGUUCAAGCAACUAUAGCACUGCCUCUUGGCGUGUUCCCUGGGGUCUGCAGAUGCUUCCUGCCAUUGGGCUCUUCUUCGCCAUGAUGCUCCUGCCUGAGUCACCUCGUUGGCUUGCUCGCAUGGAUCGCUGGGAAGAAGCUCACGAUGUGCUGGCCUUGGUUCAUGGUAAGGGAAAUAGGGACCACCCAUUUGUUGCUAUUGAGCUGUUAAACAUUCGUGACAUGUGUGAAACUGAACGUCAGUUUGGAAAUGUCACCUACUUUGACCUGUUCGCCCCGCAUAUGGCUCAUCGAACCAUCAUUGGAUUGUUCACCCAAAUUUGGUCCCAGAUGACCGGCAUGAAUGUUAUGAUGUAUUACAUCAGCUACGUUUUCGCCAUGGCCGGAUAUACCGGUAACUCGGGUCUGCUCUCCUCUUCCGUGGAGUACAUCAUCAACGUGGUAAUGACUGUUCCAGGAAUUCUUUAUUUGGACAGAUGGGGUCGUCGUCCUACAAUGCUUGUCGGGGCAGCCCUCAUGUCGAUACUCAUGUUUGCGAAUGCUGGAAUUCUCGGUGGCAAGGCUAUAAUUAUCCCACUGGAUGAGCGCAGCAGUCCAGAAGAGUCAAUGUCUCUGACCGGUCCAGCAGCAAAGGCUCUUGUUGCCUGCACAUAUCUCUUCGUUGCAUCAUACGCACCCACAUGGGGUCCCGCCUCUUGGACCUACCCACCCGAGCUAUUCCCCUUGCGUCUGCGUGGUAAGGGAACAUCGAUGGCCACUUCUGGUAACUGGGCUUUUAACAUGGCUUUGGGUCUAUUUACCCCAUCUGCCUUUGAGAAUAUUACCUGGAAGACCUAUAUCUUGUUUGGCGUCUUCAAUGCCGCUGCUUUUAUCCAUGUCUACUUCCUCUUCCCUGAGACCGCUGGUAAGACGCUGGAGGAGGUCGAGGCCAUAUUCGAAGACCCUAACGGCUUCAAGUACUUGGGUACUCCAGCAUGGAAGACUCGCAAGACCCGUGCUACUGUGGCCCUGGAGCGUGGUGAUGUCGAGACUGCUAAGGCUGAGGUGGCUCGCGAGGAGGUGGCAUACAACUCUGAGCAUAAGACAGCCACUAAGUGA